AUGAAUGUUGAGGCGGACAAUGCGGAAGAAAAAGCAGUCCAUUCGUGGUCAAGGAUCUCCUCUGCAGGACAGAAGGCCUUGGAAGAAGCUCUGCGAGUCUUCAACCCCAUGUCCAGGGACCUGUCUGACACGGAGACCCAGCUGGUAGCUUUUCUCCAAGGCCUCAGGGAGGAAGGCUACCAGCCCACCAUCCUCAGAAGCAAAGACGUUUAUGGGUACAUGUCGUGUACUGCCCGUAUGCCCGGUCAGGCAAAAGACAGCAUUCCGGACACUUCGAAAGCAGCUGCCCCUAUUUCGGAAUCCGCAAAGGCUCCGGCCCGAAGCACCGCGGUCGUGGCCAAGGUACCUGGCCCCUUAGCAGGCGUUACCGUAAGUUCUCCCGAAGACUCUGAAAAGCCAUUGCCGAAGAGCAGUAAUUCCACAAACCUCCUGUUGAACUCUUUGAAACGGACACGCUCAGGCACAUCGAAUGCAUCCGCUGUGGGCUUCCCUGCUCACAUGUACCCUGGCGUCUACCCGGCCAUGAGACUGUCUGUUGUGCUGGAAGCCUUGGUCCCUCUGAAAGCCACAGCCUCCUGCCUGGAGUCCAAAUGUGAACAAGGGCGCCUUGGGAUUUCGCCCUCGGACCUUAAGCUCCUCAAGGCAGCUGGGGCGUCCAGGCAGCCUCCGGCCAUCAAAGCUACUAAAAUGCCACCCGGUCAGUUGGACCCCAAAGGGUAUAGGCACGCGGCGAAAAAAGGACCGGACUCUGGCGCUCUGGCGGUGAGCCUCGUGAAAGGACCCAAGGGUGGGGUUCUGCAGGAGAGCAACGCUUGCAAAGCCUCCGGGGUUCUGAACGGCCGGCUUUCCGGAAGCGCCUCCCAGAGCUCCAGUACUGGGACGUCCAGGACGAAGGAGCCGCCCGCGGCCAAAACGGAACGGAGAGGUGGCGGCAGCCGCCAGGAGACGGCCGAGCAGAAGAGGAAAAGAGCGGAGGAGGGGAAGGAGUUGCCGCACAGGAAGAAAACGACUCCCGUCUCGCCUCCUGGCAAACCGGAUCUGGCGUCCGCGACGUUGAACCUGCUGAAGUUCCGGGCGAUCAAGGUGAACAGCUCUUCCGAUGACGAGUUGCGGAGGAGAGCACAGAAGAUCCUCCGGGUUAAUCUGUCCCCUGUCAUCAGAAUCCAGCCGUUGCCUCACUCCCGCAGCGUCCCUUGA